UUCAUUAGGGUUUUCAAAAAUACAUUCCGCGUUCGCUUCUUCGUCUCUCUCUCUCUCUCUCUUCUGCUUCCUCGCUGCCUCUCUAGGGUUUUCAAAUACUCUCACUCGAGAGACGCCCUUGAUCGUGUAGAAGGAUACGUGAUUCAUUCGAACCUUUAUACAAGAUGGCAAUGGAAGUCACUCAGGUUCUCUUGAAUGCCCAAGCGGUUGAUGGCACAGUACGGAAGCAUGCAGAAGAAAGCUUGAAGCAGUUUCAGGAGCAAAACCUUCCUAGUUUUUUGUUAUCCCUAUCUGGGGAAUUGGCAAAUGAUGAUAAGCCUGUUGAUAGCCGUAAGUUAGCUGGUUUGAUCCUCAAGAAUGCCUUGGAUGCCAAGGAGCAACAUAGGAAGUUUGAGCUUGUUCAAAGAUGGUUGUCCUUGGACUCAUCUGUGAAAGCCCAAAUCAAAACUUGCUUGUUACAGACCCUUUCUUCUCCUGUACCUGAUGCUCGGUCUACUGCAUCUCAAGUCAUUGCAAAGAUUGCUGGAAUUGAGUUGCCGCAUAAUCAGUGGCCUGAGCUGAUAGAUGCUCUCUUGUCAAACAACAUCCAUCAGGUUCCCGAUCAUGUCAAACAGGCCACACUUGAGACUCUAGGGUAUUUGUGUGAAGAAGUCUCUCCAGAUGUUGUAGAUCAAGAUAAAGUAAAUAAGAUACUUACAGCUGUGGUUCAGGGUAUGAAUGCUUCUGAAGGGAACAAUGAUAUCAGGCUUGCUGCCACAAGAGCAUUGUAUAAUUCUCUGGGAUUUGCUCAUGCUAAUUUCACCAAUGAUAUGGAGCGYGACUAUAUCAUGAAAGUUGUCUGUGAGGCAACYUUGUCCCCAGAGYUAAAGAUUAGGCAAGCAGCUUUUGARUGUCUGGUUUCUAUUUCYUCGACYUAUUACGAMAARUUAUCYCCUUAYAUGCAGGCCAUUUUUAACAUUACAGCAAAAGCUGUGAGGGARGAYGAGGAGCCUGUUGCKCUUCAAGCUGUUGARUUYUGGAGUUCAAUUUGUGAUGAGGAGAUAGACAUCUUAGARGAAUAUGGAGGUGAUUUAAGYGGUGAYUCUGAAACUACUUGCUUUUAUUUURUUAAGCAGGCUCUCCCYGCUCUYGUSCCUWUGUUAYUGGAGACACUCCUUAAGCAAGAAGAGGAUCAGGAUCAGGAUGAAGGGGCAUGGAACCUYGCMAUGGCUGGGGGUACAUGUUUGGGKUUGGUYGCAAGGACUGUGGGAGAUGAUAUUGUUCCACUUGUUAUGCCUUUUAUUGAAGAGAAYAUAACAAAACCWGAUUGGCGACAGAGGGAGGCAGCCACUUAUGCYUUUGGUUCMAUCUUGGAGGGUCCAACRCCAGAGAARCUUACAUCUAUYGUUAAUGUUGCYCUAAACUUUAUGCUCAGUGCAUUGACUAAKGACCCAAACAACCAUGUGAAGGACACUACUGCAUGGACCCUUGGAAGAAUUUUUGAAUUCCUUCAUGGCUCRACARUGGAGACACCUAUCAUUACCCAUGCAAACUGUCAACARAUUAUAACAGUKCUWCUUCAGAGCAUGAAAGAUGYUCCSAAUGUUGCUGAGAAAGCAUGUGGUGCUCURUAUUUCCUAGCCCAAGGUUAUGAGGAUGYAGGCUCAUCAUCCUCCCCMMUAACACCUUUUUUCCAGGAAAUUGUUCAGGCCCUUCUYAAUGUGACACAUAGAGAAGAUGCUGGAGAAUCCCGCCUCCGGACUGCUGCUUAUGAAACUCUAAAUGAAGUUGUGAGGUGUUCAACAGAUGAGACAGCUCCGUUGGUGGUGCAAUUAGUUCCUCUCAUAAUGAUGGAACUCCAUCAGACACUAGAGGCCCAGAAACUUUCAUCUGAUGAAAAGGAAAAGCAGAAUGAAUUGCAAGGUCUUCUCUGUGGGUGCUUGCAGGUCAUUAUACAGAAGUUGGGGGCCUCUGAGCCAACAAAGUCUGUGUUCAUGCAAUAUGCUGAUCAGAUGAUGAGCCUCUUCUUGAGGGUUUUUGCUUGCAGAAGUGCCACUGUGCAUGAAGAGGCAAUGCUUGCCAUUGGAGCCUUUGCUUAUGCAACAGGCCAAGAAUUUGCCAAGUACAUGCAAGAAUUUUACAAGUAUUUUGAAAUGGGUCUUCAGAAUUUUGAAGAGUAUCAGGUCUGUGCUGUCACAGUUGGUGUAGUUGGGGAUAUAUGCAGGGCAUUGGAGGAUAAGGUACUUCCAUACUGUGAUGGCAUCAUGACACAACUCCUCAAGGAUUUGUCAAGCAAUCAGUUGCAUCGGACUGUGAAGCCUCCUAUAUUCUCAUGCUUUGGUGACAUUGCCCUGGCGAUUGGAGAAAAUUUUGAGAAGUACUUGAUGUAUGCGAUGCCCAUGCUCCAGAGUGCCGCUGAACUGUCUGCCCAUGCAUCUGGUGCUGAUGAUGAAAUAAUAGAGUAUACCAAUCUUCUAAGAAAUGGGAUCUUGGAAGCAUACUCGGGGAUUUUCCAAGGCUUCAAGAAUUCUCCCAAGACACAGCUGCUGAUGCCCUAUGCCCCUCACAUCAUCCAGUUCUUGGAUAGCUUGUACAUGGAGAAAGACAUGGACGAUACAGUGACUAAGACUGCAAUUGGAGUACUGGGAGAUCUAGCUGAUACACUGGGUAGUAAUGCAGCUUCCUUGAUUCAACAGUCUGUCUCAAGCAGAGACUUUUUAAAUGAAUGCUUGUCAUCUGAUGACCAUUUGAUUAAAGAAUCUGCUGAUUGGGCCAAGUUGGCCAUCAGUCGAGCCAUGUCUGUUUGAGGCUGCUGGAAGUCGGUAUUUUUUGGAAGUCCCUGCAUGCAUUUGGGUGUGUUGAGUUGGGGUCCAAGAUUGCAUACCAUGUUUUGGGUUGUCGCCAUUUUCACACUACAAGAAUUGGGGUCGUUGUCCACUAGCUCUUGUCUCAGCACCAUGGAGUCGGUCAGUGGGUGUUUUUUAGUUUGCAUGGAGAAAGUAGGUGUUUAUGACCCCCACUUUGCAGAAGUGGUUAAGCCUCCCCCUAACGGAAGAAAUACAUAAAAACCGUAAAAAAGAAAAAAAAAAUGUUGGUGGGCGGAAUUGGGGAAGCGGCGAUUAGAGCUGUGAAAUGUUGAGGGAACACGGUUCUGACUAUUUUGUCAUUACCACCACAAUGUCCGAACUGGUUCUAUUUGACAUUGCAUCUUCUUAAGACCCCUCCCAAUUAGCUGGUGCCUUCCUAUGCGCAAGCAACCGAAGGCUUCGGUGUUUGGAUUGUAUUACACCCAAAACUCUGUUCAGGUGUUGUGGCACUUAAAGACAUCCCAAGAGGGAAUAUUCAAAAUUUUCUCAUUGAUUUGCAUCAUUUCAUCUCCCUCCCCCUCUUUUUGAAUUUUUUUGUGUUGAGUCCUGCAUUGUUCAAGUUGUCCGUCUGUCUUAGUUGUUCUGGUAGCUUUAUUUUAUUUUAUUUUUAUUUUUAUUGUAUACUCAAUAUGUGCGGCUCGGAAUCGUCCACAUAAUUUUAGGGCAUUUAUUAUCCACUGUUGAUCAUAUUUCAUGAUUAUCUUCACCUUUGCCUAGUAAGUUGAUGUCAAAUAUACAUGCAUUCCAUUAUUCCCUUGUCUCAUUUUUCAUUACAUAUUUUUUCAUUCUUAGAUUUGUGGGUCAAUUAUCUUCAAUUCUUUGCUGUGUGAAAUGUAAUCAUCAUGAUUACUGUCAUGGAAGGUAGUGGUAUGUACAGGCAUAUUAGGAGUUCCGUGACAUUAAAAUGUCUGGAAAGAUGGUUGGUGUGUUCCCUUUUUGAUCGGGGUUGUGUAUCUUUUUGUAAUAUUGUUUGUCAUAUUCUGGUAUAAAGCUAUAUACAAAAAUAUUUUUGAGUGAAGGGUAACCCACCAUUAAACC